AUGGUUGACAACUCAUUGUCGAUUGGCGGCAAAGUUUGGCACAUUCUCAUCUCCAGACAGUUUCAAAACUUAUUCAAAGGCGUCCUGAGCUUUGUGAUUGCGUCGGUCAUCGUUUGCUCAAAUGUGACGGGUACAGCUCUCAGAACAGCUGUAUAUGGAAACCUAUUCUUGCCUGUCGUGGCAUUAUCACCUGCCAUAACAAUUGGCGCUUUCUUUGAUGGUGCCAUACAAAUGAUGCUGGGCAUUGGAGUUGGUGCCGCUUGCUGGAGUUUCAUAGCCAGUGUCGCAGGAGGGUCGGUGUUUGGAUAUGGAGCUCUGAUGUUUGUAAUGCUUUAUAUUUUCAGUUUUGCACGUGCCCUAAAUCCAAGAUUGUUUGGAGUCACGCUGGUCGCUUCCCUGAUGACUUUUCAAGGUGUCAGCUACACUUUCUCUACAACUGGAGAAUUUGAUACCAACAAUCAGACACAAUUGCUGCAUACUAUGGCCAUUUUCGCUGUGGGAGUCGCGAUCAAUUGGGCUGUAAACAUUCUCGUGUUUCCAGAAUUCGCUGAGGUUGAUUUGAAAGAGUUGAUAUCGACCAGCUUGACGACUUCAGCGGCAUUGAUUGACCUGAUUACCAAGUCGUAUUUAUUGGAGGUCAAACCUGAAGAAAAUGGACGUCGGGCCGCAGUUUUAGCACUUAAAAGCACUAUAAAUCAAAUGGCAGAGAAAGUCGCUGAAGCUGACGCUGAAGUGUUUUUCUCCGAAUUGAACAUCGAUGACUAUCGCACCCUUCAAACCCAUUUAAGAACAAUCAGCCAACACUUCUCCUCCAUCGACGCAGCUAUGGUAUCUGGUCUAGACACGAUACCGAAUGUGGAACGAUACCGAUCGAGUUUUGCACUCCCGCUGCGAGACUCGUUGACGACUAUAUCCAAUAGUAUAUCCGUAGUUUUAACAGAUGCUAGAGAUGCUCUGCUGGGUUAUGGACAUCAGACUGCUUUUCAAAGGAGGAUGUCUUCUGCGCAUAAGAGACGUCGAGGCAGUUUAUUUAGUGUUCAAUCUUUAGAGGCUGGCGAGGAAGCCCAUCCUCUUACAGAAGCCGAUGCCAUUAUUGAGAUGCUGGAUAGGAGCUAUACCAAGUUUGAGGAGAAGCAAUUCCAGGUCAUGUAUGACCUCUUUGAGCUAGGCAUCGAAGGAACAUCAAACGAGCCAGUUCGACCUCAAUCAUGGGAGUCUCUACUCGAAGUCAAUUUCUUUUUAUUCUCACUACAAGCCAUCGUCGAAGAAACAAAAGCCAUUGGUAAAUUCCUGCACAAGGAUCGUAAAAAGAAACUACAUUUUAGAGUGUGGCACUACCUCCCCAACUUUUUGAUUGAGGGGCUUCAUCUCAAGCCGAAACCAGCUGCCGCCACGACGCGACCAGAGUCACCAGUAAAACCUGUAAAUGAAGAAGGUGUUCCUCUGCAAAGUUAUACGCCCGAUGAGUUAUUCGUAACUUAUAGGAAGCCCAAGCCCGCUCCUCCUAAAACGUUUCGUGUACGUGUUGUGGAUUUCCUCAAGUUGGUGCAGAGCGCCCCAUCUAUAUAUGGAUUGAAGGGAGCUACCGCCGUGACGGUUGUUUCUAUAGUACUAUUCACCCAAAAGACUUUCUUUGUUACCUGGGGUCUAUCUGGCGCUGUUAUCUCGCUGCUGGUUGCUAUCAGUCCAUCUCUAGGCCAAACAUACAUGUCUUUCCUCGUCAAUCUUACAGGAACCUGCAUAGGCGCUCUUUGGGCGUUCAUUUCCUUCACAGUUUGGCGGGAUGGAAGCGACAAUGUUUACAAUCCUUAUGGCCUGGUUUUCUUUGCUGCUUUGCUGGCCAUUCCGGUCAUCUAUUCACUGCAGAACACCACUUUGGGUAAAGCGGUUGGAUUUUUGACGUUGCUCAGUUAUAGCGGGUCUCUCUGUGUUUCGUACUUGUAUCGGUUCCUUGGGCCAUAUGGUGUUCCAUAUGAUCCUCCGUACGUAAGACUAUACAAGCAAUUAGCCGCAACUGCUAUGGGAGUUACAUUUGUGGUGCUAUUUGCGGUUACCAUCUAUCCAAAUUUAGCGAGAAGAAUUCUACGUGACCGGAUCUCUCAAAUCAUUGGAAACAUUGACAGUUACUAUGUCGACCUCGUAUCCUUGACGUAUUUAAUUCUACCUCGACGAGUCAAAACAGACGACGAGGAAGGUCUUAAAAGUGAGAUGAUGGCAUCGAUUGCCAAGAAUCAAGCAGCACUACCAGGGAAAUUUUCCCAGCUAGCACAAUUACAGGCAUUUGCUAGAGUAGAGCCAAGAUUGGAGGGUCGAUUUCAAAGUGAAAAGUACGCUGCCAUCAUUGACUGCUGCCAGAUGAUUGUUGAUAGGCUCGUGAGUGCUCGAACAGCUGUAGGCUCUACGCAGUUUUCCGCUAUGAGGGCUGCAACUAUGGAGAUCUCAAGUGCACGACACGAUUUGCAGAGCAGUAUCAGGUUGCUUCUGUACAUUUACUCGAGCAGUAUGUACGCCAAGACGAAACUUCCACCCGUAUUGCCAAACGCCAGCAAGGCAAGACAGGUACUGUUUAAUAGAUUCAUUGGUACUGUCAGUGCCAGUAGUCCUGGACCGCAAACAUAUGAGUCGCGGCGAACUCGAGAAUUCAUUCGAUUCUACAGUUGGGCUUUAGCGAUGAGGGCCGUGGCUAGAGAAGUUGAUCGGCUAGGUGGUCUCCUAAAAGACCUGUUUGGAGAGCUUGACGACCACUUUGACCCAAUCUCUGACAGUGUGACUGAAAGCAGCGGUAAUGAGCUUGAAGAGGAUAGAAGUCUAGCAGUUGCAGCACAUGUAGCUAUAGACGCUGACAUAAAAGCCAAGCCAAACUAA